AUGACGGACUCCGAGUUGGAGGGGCCAACCGGGCCUAGGCAAAGUUCUUGUUUACAAUCACCGACUAAGAAAAUAGCCCAGUUUGAUGCUGAAAUUGGGCAAUCAAAAGGACGACGCAAAAACUUUGAACGCAAGCAAACAAUCAACAGGAAGCAGGAGGCAUAUGCUGCUGGUCUUGCUGAAGCUGGUCGGCCACGUCUAUCUAGCGUCCCCAAACAGUCCCUUUUGAGUCCCCCUCGAGCCCCGCCUACACCCAGCAAUGGUAACAGGACAACGGCAAAGGGGAAAGGCAGAGAAGAACUCCCCCCGGCAAUUGCCAAACGCGGACGCAUAACAAGCCCCGAAGCGGAGGAAUUUAGUUGGCUGUCUGAUCCCAGGCCCAGACCCAAGUCAAGUGGCAAUGUUAUUCUGGACGGUGUCAACAUUGAGGAAUGGAACCGGCAACGUCUGCUCUUUUACCUUUCCCACCGCGACAACAAGGCCUUUAACCCAGAUUCCAACUACUCAGACUUGAAGCGCGCCCUUGGUAACGACCUGGAAUGGGCCUCAGAUACCAACAAGAUGGGUGUAAGGGACCAAAGACAAGAUCAAGGUCCCAACAUGGCCGACGGUGACAGCAAUGUUGAAAUAGACAAGUUUGAUACCAAACCACCCCCCUGCAAACCAGUUCCCUCCGCCCCUUGCACCGGAGAUCACGUUGACCAAGCCGUCUGUCAAUUGCAUUCGGAGUUCUCAGUCCGCUACAAACCUAUUCUCGACCAAGCAACCGGCGGAACCCAAAAUAGUAUCGCUCCCGGGGCUGCAUUUCAACCGCAGUUGGGUGCACGUGAUUUGGGGCGGGCCCUGCCUCCAGCCCAAGGCUCCAAUUUGCCGUCCCAUUCCCACAGCAUUAACUACACCAAAGAGCCUGGCAACCCCUUGCGGCCUUUUGAGCUCCCCCACCCCCCUUCCACUUUAGUCACAGAUUGGCUCUCCCAGCCAGGUAAUAGUCGUCCCGCCGGCCCAUGGCAAGGACUUGAGCAGCGUGGGCCUGCCGAGGCUUCAAACCUUGGUCGACCUUUGGCUCCAACUUGCGCCUCCUCAGUGGCCCCAGCUCGUGCCUUUUCACAGGCUCCAGUAUACGGCCGUGCUGCUUCUCAAGCUCCCGUUAAUGAUCGAGCACCCAUCCAAGCGCAGCCUCGGGCUUUCAACGCUCAAGCUCCCCCACAAAAUUUGCAACCACAAGACCCAUCCUGUCCGCCUUCAUCUUGUGGCCGUUCUUCAGAGGGCCAAGGCCAUUACUGUGCCCCCUCUCAGGCUCCAACUUGGCCUAGAUCCCUGUCUCCUAUCCACCACCACCGUGCGCGUUCAAGCUCAAGGGCCUCACUUCCUCCACGUGCUCCUUCUCGUGCUCCGGCUCCCACCCGUACCCGUACCCGAACCAACCAGCAACCACAAGCUAGCGGCUGUGGUGAUGAUCUUGAGCGUGCUUUGCUUACCAGGGCUGAGCGCAAGCUCCUUUCCCGGGCUCUGGAGGCAUCUAGAGCUGGUUGA